AUGGCGGUUCCUACGCAAUUUGCCUACCGAACACUGAAGGAGAUUGGCGUCUACGAUGCUGACCCGGUCUACGAGCCUUUGCCUGGUUUCCAGAAGCCCGAAGGCUCCUCCCGCUGCGCUGUCUACUCGCCCUGUGGCCGCUACUUUGCCUGGGCCUCCCCUACAGGCGUGACGGUCAUUGAUGCUUCGGUCGGAAGCAUCAUUACCACCCUACCUACGCCCAACGUCUUCGAGUUGGGUUUCUCUCCUCGAGGGUCCUACAUCAUCACCUGGGAACGCCCCUCCAAGGACGAGAACGGCGAUGCGGUGAAGAACCUCAAGAUUUGGCACACGGUCGAGAGCGUACCCGAGGGUGGGGAGAAGCAGGUCGUGGGGAGAUUUGUGCAGAAGAAUCAGUCGGGCUGGAACUUGCAGUACACUUUCGAUGAGCGUUACUGUGCCCGCGUUGUCACCAACGAGGUCCAGUUCUACGAGAGUGGCGACCUGGGUACCGUCUGGAACAAGCUGCGUGCUGAGGGCGUUGCCGACUUUGCUGUCUCUCCUGGCAACAACUAUUCGGUCGCUGUCUUCGUUCCAGAGCGCAAGGGCCAACCAUCCGCCGUCAAAGUCUUCAACGUACCUCAAUUCACCAACCCGGUUUCACAAAAGACGUUCUUCAAGGGGGAUAAGGUGCAACUGAAGUGGAAUCAGCUUGGUACUACUUUGAUUGUUCUAGCCCAGACCGAGGUUGAUAAGACGGGCAAGAGUUACUAUGGAGAGACUACACUGUAUGUGCUGAGCGCAAACGGUGGAUUCGAUUCAAGAAUCACUCUGGACAAGGAGGGCCCAAUCCACGAUGUGUCGUGGUCACCAAACUCGAAAGAAUUUGGUGUGAUCUACGGAUAUAUGCCAGCCAAGACCACAAUCUUCAAUUCACGAGCUGUGGCCACGCAUACAUUCCCACUUGGCCCGCGAAAUACCAUCCUGUUUUCGCCAACCGGUCGGUUUGUUUUGAUUGCCGGUUUUGGAAAUCUGGCUGGGCAGAUGGACAUCUAUGAUCUUGAAAAAGACUACAAGAAGAUCGUCACUAUCGAUGGUGGAUCCCCCAGUGUCUGCGAGUGGAGCCCGGACAGCAAGUACAUUCUGACUGCUACCACGAGUCCCAGACUGCGUGUCGAUAACGGCAUUCGUCUGUGGCACGUUGGAGGUGCGAUGAUGUACAACCAGGAUAUGGUGGAGCUUUACAGCGUUGCGAUGAGACCACAAAAGUUCGAGAGUCUCCCGUCUGGAGACCCCCUGCACCCGAUGCCCACCCCUCAUAGCUCGGCCUUGGCGUAUCUUGGCACCGUCAAGACACCCUCGAAGCCAGCCGGUGCGUACCGACCACCUGGAGCACGUGGAACCUCGACCCCCUUGCACUUCAAACGUGAGGAUGAGGGAGGAGCUGCUCACGUGGUCAGCAAUGGCACUUCAUUGGUAGGAUCCAACGGAUUCGGAAAGCAGAGACGGCAGGUCCCAGGUGCCGAGCCCAUGGAGCCGACCCUGCCUCCCGGAGCCGCUCCUGCCAACGGAGCCGCACCUGGAGCUGCUGAGGGCGAUGAGAAUUUGUCCAAGGCGGCAUUGAAGAAUAAGAAGAAGAGAGAGGCGAAGAAAGCCAAGGACGCGGAGGCCAAGGCAGCUGGGCUUGUUCCUAGCCAGGAGGAUGCACCAGAGCUCUCCAUCACGUCGCCUAGCGGAGGCAGCCCCAAUGCCAAGAAACUGAGAGCUCUGCAGAAGAAGAUUCGCGCCAUUGAGGAUCUUGAGAUGCGCCAUGCUGGUGGUGAAAAGUUAGAGGACACGCAAAUGAAGAAGAUCGGCACCAAGUCCGCCGUGCAAGCGGAGCUGGAUGCUCUCGGAAACGAGUGA